UGUACAUUCGAUGGGAAUAAAACCGAAAGAAGAACUCUAUGGACUGGCGUCUUCCCUUCCGAUGCUGGAGUUGCAGAUGGCUAUGAUUUUCAUCACCAGCCAACUCCUUUAUUUACUAUUUAAGAGGUUUCAUAUCUCCAAGUUCACCAGCCAUCUUUUUACAGGCAUACUCAUCGGCAUCCUUUACCACUACUGGGGAUUAGGCGAAAAGGCAUUUAGUGUGAAUAGUCAAGAAGUUAUUAGUACUCUGGGUGAGCUUGGGUACGGCCUCUUCCUGUUUGCACUUGGAACGACAAUGGAUUUGGGAAUGAUAAGAAGAUCAGGACAUAAAGCCGUCCUCACCGGGGUUAUUUGCAUGUUGGUCCCUUUGGCAAGUGGUGACGUUGCCGAAAGGCUUUUUGAGAAGUAUUUCUAUAGCUCUGAAAUGAGAUCUAGUGAGGACAAUCAUCUUGAGCUUGUGACCGCUACACAUAGCAUAACUGCAUUUCCGGUUGUUGUUCUCCUUCUCCAGGACCUGCAGCUCCUCAAUUCGGAAAUCGGCCGGUUAAGCCAGUCUGCAACAUUAAUCUGUGACGUCUUUAGCGUGUGUAUCCAAUAUUUUAUAGGCAAAUCAAUCUCAAAAUGGAAGGAGGACGACAAAAAUUAUUACAUCGGGUUAGCCAUUGCUUAUGUUAUUUCUGUUGCUGUGAUAUUUAGACCAAUAAUGUUAUGGAUCGUCAGGCACACCCCAGAAAACAGACCUGUCAAGAAAAGCUACCUCAGUGCCCUAUUUUUGGUGGUGCUUGUAUCUGGGAUACUUUCACAUAAUUACGGCCAGGCUUUUCAUUUUGGACCUUUUAUAUUCGGUCUGGCUGUCCCUGCCGGACGGCCUCUGGGCUCCGCUGUUCAAGAGAAGUUCCAGCUAUUCAUUUCAGACGUGUUUCUGCCUAUUUAUGUAACGAUAAAUGCAAUUAGGGCAGACUUUUGGUUGAUCGACUACAAAGACGUUGUCACAAAAGCCACUGUGAUCCUCAUGGUCUUCGUUUUUGCGGUCAAAAUCUUAGCUACCAUGGCGGCUCAAUUGUAUCUCGGGAUGCCCUUGAAGGAUGCAUUCGUUCUUGCUCUCAUUUUAAGCUGCAAAGGAAUUGUCCACCUUGCAGCCUAUACUAAGUUCAGGGACACUGGGUUUGUAAAUGAUUCGGCAUAUGCGGUGAUGUUUUCUAGCGUUGUGGUGACCUCAAUUCUCGUCCCUAUUAUAGUGAAGCACCUGUACGAUCCAUCAAGAAAAUACGCAGGUUACGAGAGAAGGGACAUUAUGCAUUUGAAACCCAAUGCAGAGUUCAAAAUUCUUACCUGCAUCCACAGGUCAUCUAAUAUGCCUGCAGUGAUCAAUCUGCUUGAUGCAGCAUGCCCAUCGACAGAAAACCCCAUCAAUGUUUAUGUUCUCCAUCUCAUCGAAUUAAUGGGAAGAGUGACUCCCAUUUUUGUCUCCCACCAAGUGCAGGACAAAACAGAUUCCCAUGUUAGUACAUAUUCUGCAAACGUCAUUCUCUAUUUCAAUCAGUUUAUGAGCGAAAAUCGUGGUGCUGUUGAUCUGAGUGUAUUCACGGCAAUCUCUCCACCAAAAUUCAUGCAAGAAGAAAUAUGCACGCUUGCAAUGGACAAGGUCACAUCCCUAAUAGUCCUCCCCUUUCAUCGUCAAUGGUCGAUUGAUGGUUCUAGUAUUGAGUCAGAAGACAAUACUAUAAGGUCAGUGAACUUCAGUGUACUCGAAGCAGCUCCUUGCUCCGUUGGAAUCCUCGUGGAUCGGGGACAUUUAGGCCAGUCCACCUCUGUUGUAUCCACACCAUCAACAUUUUCUGUUGCUGUAGUCUUCUUGGGAGGGAAAGAUGACAGAGAGGCAUUGGCCUUUGCCAAAAGAAUGGCCAAGGACUCGACGAUUAGGUUAACAAUAAUCCAUUUGGUGGCCAUGGGUAAUGAGCAUGGUGGUGGGGAAUGGGAUAAAAUACUUGAUGUAGAGGCGUUGAAGGAAUUCAAAUAUAACCAUUUGGGUGGAGGCCUUGUUGUAUAUAUAGAAGAGAUGGUGAAGGAUGGACCGGAAACAGCAUUUUUACUUCGGUCUAUGGUCGAUGAGUACGAUAUAAUCAUACUUGGGAGAAGACAUAACGUAGAGUCACCUCAGACAGUAGGGCUUUCGCAAUGGAGUGAAUUUCAGGAGUUGGGAACAAUAGGAGACUUGCUUGCAUCACCUGAUCUCGAUUGUAAGGCAUCCAUUCUGGUGAUGCAACAACAACGGUGGAUCAGCUAG